AUGCCCGGAGCAGGCCACCGCGCCGGCCGCUGGGGGGCACGCCGACCCGCCGCCGUCUCCCCAUGCGGAAGAGGAAGCGGAGCCGGCUACCGCGGCGCCACCACUUCGUGUGGCCCCCCUAUCCGUGAGGCCGCCUGCGGCCUCCGCCUCCGCGCCCGGAUGCUGAAGAGGAGCACCGCCCAGAUCGAGGCGGCGCUGAAGAAGAAGCGCCGGAUGGCGUCGAAGCAGGUCCCGGAAGCAGCCGGGGCCCCCAUCAAGUUCUCCACGGGAGCCGGGGCUGGGCCGGCUUCCAGCGUUGUGUCGCCGCCGCCGGUGCAGCAGGCGAGGAGGGAGCCGACUCCGCAGCCUCCGCCUCGGGCACGCGCGCUGCCGGUCUUCCCGCCGCCUGCCGCGGGGGCGGGGACUUCAUCUUCCGCGCCGUCACCAAGCGCUCCCGGAUCCGGCUCUCAGGGCGAGCAAGCCCGCCGCUCAAGCCAGCCGACCAUCGGUGACAUUCUUCAGCACCGCCGGCCCGAAGGGCCACCAGCAGGGGCAGGCGGGGCCGCGCCUGAGGUCGUCAUCGUUGACGCAAGCCCAAGGGCUGCACCGACGCCGCCUGUUGUUUCUCCCGGCCAGGCGGGCCAGGACGUGCCGCCUCCGGCUUCGGAGCCGUCCAGGGAGGAGCCGGCUGCGUCAGCCGACGCGGAUGCUCGGGCGCUGGUUAAGGCCAAGUGCCCGGCGAAAGAGCCCCAAGGGUCUGAGCAGCCGCUGGUGAGCCUUCAUGUGUCGCCAGCCGCCUCGCUUCUGAACGUCGUUUCCGCUCCCGACUCCAGCCUGGGCUCAGCCGGCACCAUGGAGAAGGAGUGGCGCGACGCCGAUGUGCACGAGGUGACGAGCCGGGACAAGCGGAAGGGGAUGGCCUCCAUGGAGAUGUUCUUCUCCGACUUUCGCGCCUUCGCCGACGCCACCGGUGCUGAAGCCAACAACUGCCGGAAGCGGAUAGAGAAGGUCCAAAAGUCGGUUACUGAUAGGCGGACCGAGCUGUACAACCGGCUUGUGGCCAGCUACCACAAGGCCGAGGCCGACUGCGCCAAGAUGGCCCGGGAGCUGGAGGUUGCCCAGGCUGCUGCUGCCCGAGUCCCUCAGCUGGAGGAUGACCUGCGGGCUGCGCGCACCCAAUGCGCCGAGAGCGAGGAGGCGGUCAAGGCUGCAGCCACCAAGGCGAAGGAGACCGAGGGAGAGCUGGCGCGCCUGCGCCGGCUCGAAGCCAACCACCUUGCCGAGCUUGACUCUGUCAAGCGGGUUGAGCAGGAGAAGGUGGACAACCUCAACCAGCGGCUGGGCGAGGUGGACGGGCAGUGCCGGCAGCUCCGCGAGGAGAUGACCGCCCAGUCCCAGACGCUGACGGCUACGGCCAAGCGCUGGGUGGACGAGAUCGGCGCGCUCGACCGUGGCCUGGCGGCUGCCUUUCCCGAGGCACAGGCCGCGGCGCUGGAGGCGGCUGGCAAGGCACGGGAUGCGCACCGGCAAUUGACCGGCGAGGGGAGCUCCGUGUACUUCUCCAUGGAUGACCACCUGGCCGCCAUGGCUGCCCGGAUCGAGCCAAUCACCAUGCUGGGAUACGAGCUCCGGCAGGCGGCUGAAGAGCUCUACCGGCUGCUGUGGCUGACGGAGACGCUGCCAGGCGAUAUUGCCAACCUGGUGAAGUGGCUGGAGACUGCGCCUGACCGCCUGUGCGACUGGAAGGAGUCGGCCGCGCGCGCCGGCGCCGAUAUGGCGCUCUCCUUCGUGCUGAGCUGGUACGAGGAAGUGAGCCUGGACCAGCUGGAGCGUCGGCGGGCUGGCGUGGAGGAUGGGCUCAGCGCGGAGAUGAAGACUCGCCGGCUUGCCCGCGCCUGCGCCAUCGCCGAGUUCGUCAACCACAAUGACUUCAUCAGCGACCCGAAUCCCCCUGAGGAGGAGGUUGAAGAUGAAGACAUGGCGGAUGCGGAGGACGCGCCGGAGGCGGAUCCGGCUCCCGGCUCGGAUGUUCCCCCGGCUGGUCCAUCUCCAGCUGGCGCUUAA